GCGAUAUGUUUUGUUCGUUUGAAAAACACACGAAAAUAUGUUUCACAAAUACCCAUUAAUCAAAAGUGUAUUCGAAUGGAAUACUCGUGUUGCAUUAAUACUAUUAGUAUUACAAUCAGGAAAAGUAUACAUUGCCAUUUGUGUUGUAAUUAAUACUAAUUCUGACAAAGUAACAGCGUUUAUAGUUAGCAAUGACAUUGAUACCGAUAGUAACAUUAACUGAAUUUUGAAGAGGUUUAUGAAAAUGGAGGAGGAAUAUAAUAAGCCAGAAAAAAGGCAUAAAUCAUCAAAACAUAAAAAUAAAAACAAAUAUGAAAAAAAAGAAAAGAAGAAAAAAUAUGGAUCAGAAAAGAGAGAGGAAUGGGUGGAACUUAGUCCGUCUGAUAUUUCCACUGUCAGCUCAAAUGAGUUAAGAGAAAAAAAGAGACAGGAAAAGAAAGAAGCAUUAAUCACAGAAAAAAGAGAAGAAUGGAUGGAUCUUAGCCCAUCUGCUAUUCCUACUGUCAACUCAGAUGAAUUUAGAGAAAAAAAGAGACUGGAAAAGAAGAAAAAGAAUAAAGAAUUAAUCACAGAAAAACAAGAUUACAAGGUAAGAGAGUUAAACCCAUACUGGAAACAUGGUGGCACAGGCUUACCUCAAGAAGAGACUGCUGAGACUACAAGGCACCAAACUGGAGAUGCUGGAUUGAGUUGGUUACGUCGUGCUUACAGAAGGAUUAAAGAGAAAGCUCAGGAGGAGAAUAGAAGCAUGGAAGAUGUAGCAGCUGAAAGAUGGGGGUCCCUAGAAAGACUAGAAUCAAUGUUGGCAAAAUCUGAAGAGUUUUCGAAAGAACUGAAAAAUGCUGAUAGGAUAAGUAAUAAAUCAGGUAGAGAAUCGACCAGAAAGUAUGGUUCUAAAAUGAGUAAACCAGUAGAUGAUGAUACAUAUGUUGCUUUACAUCAGAAUCAUAGCUCAUUUCAUGGAGAGCCAUAUGUAAAAAAAAGUAGAAUGCCUCAAGUAUCAUCAUCUGUAUCCAGAUGGAAGAAGAAAGAAUUCAUUGUUACAGACAAUGCUGUCUCUUGUGAAGCUUCAGAAUCAAGAAAGCUAUUGGAAGACUCACAUCAAAGCUCAGAGGUAACAAGUAAUGAAACAAAAACUGUUGUACUGUCUGAGAAGGAAAUGAAUGAACUUGGUGCAAAGAUAGUGAAAGCUGAAAUUUUAGGAAAUACAGAGUAUGCAAACAAGCUGAAAGCACAAUUACAGGCUGCAAAAGAAGCUAAGGAAACUAUGCCACAGGCAAAUAUAUCUAGUAAAAGGAAGAGUAACACUGAAGAUGUUGUUCUAGUACGAUCAGAUGGAAAAGGAUUUUAUAAACCAGUCAUGGGAGCCUAUAAGACGGAACAAUUUAAUCAGAAAAAACAAAAGGUUAAAACACAUGAUGCAGAAGGGUCCAGAGUUCGAUAUUUUGCUGAUGAUGACAAAUUUUCACUUCAACAGUUGUUUGAAAAAGAAAAGGGAACUACAGCAGAUGAUCAGAAUGCUGAUUUUGCUAAUAUUGCUGGAAAGAUGAAAGUAAAAGUCACAGAAGAUUAUGACCUAGAUGACAUGUUUACUUCAGAUGUAGCCAAGAAGCAAACUGCAACUAUGUCUCAAGCAAGGGAGCGCUCUUUAGCUAUCUUAGAGCAAAGAAAAUUGAGAGAAGCAUUGGAACAAUGUCCAUAUUGUAUUGACAGUCAUAAGAUGCAGAAACAUCUAUUAAUCAGCAUGGGUAGUAAGAGUUAUCUGUGUUUGCCACUUUACCAACCUCUUACUGAAGGACACUGUUUGAUUGUUCCAAUUUCACACAUUUCAUCUGCAACACUGCUGGAUGAAGAUGUUUGGAACGAAAUCAUGCUAUUUCGAAAGGCUCUAACAAAGAUGUUUAGAGAGUUGGACAAGGAUGUUGUUUUCAUAGAAACAAGCAUGCGUCUAAAGCACAAGCCUCACAUGUAUAUAGAAUGUAUUCCUAUUUCCACCGAGGAGGGAGACACAGCACCCAUAUAUUUUAAGAAAGCUAUACUAGAAUGUGAGACUGAGUGGUCACAGAAUAAAAAAUUAGUGGAUCUCUCCAAAAAGGAUAUCAGACAUUCUGUUCCAAAAGGUCUCCCAUACUUUAGUGUUGACUUUGGUCUUCAAGGGGGAUUUGCUCAUGUUAUUGAAGAUGAGCGUCUGUUUCCCUUCUACUUUGGCAAGGAAAUCAUUGGAGGAAUGUUGGAUCUGGAGCCUCAGCUUUGGAGGAAGCCUAAAAAAGAAAACUUUGAAAAUCAAAGGAAAAAGGUUCUUCAGUUUAGUGAAUGGUGGAAUAGAUAUGACUUUACUGAAAAAAGACAAGAAUUAAUUUGAAUUAUUAAAUUAUACUCAUAUUUUAAGGCAUUCUCUGCAGUUUGUUCACUUACCAACAGAGAAAAUUACUGAAAGUAAUGUAGAUAAGGUUUUUAUUGCAUAUGAAAAAAUUACAUCAUAUAUUGUAUUAAACAUUUCUCAACAA